AAUAUAUUUUAUUAAUAUUUAAUACACAAUGAAAUCUAUAUUAUACUUGGCAUUAAUACUGGCAAUCAGUCUAUCAGCAAUCAAUUGCCAGGAGUUAGACAACACCGACGAUACUGAGACUACGACUGGAAAAUCGGUGGACACGGAUUUGGGCGCCAGUGAUGUAGAAACACCAGUCGACUCGGGAACCGGCGAUUCCUCGGCUACAGGUGCAGGCCUUAGUCCAUUGAAAACCUUUAUGACAUCCAUGCAAUUGGAAGGCGUGAGACUAUAUGACAGGUUGAACGAGAGGGCUCA